AUGGAUAUGCAUAUUUCUCUCCUUGUCUUCAAGUCUUCUGUAUGUGCUGAUGGCAUUUUCCUAUCCCAAAGGAAAUAUGUGAUUGAUCUUUUGAAUGAGACAUGUUUUAUGGAGGCUAAGCCAGCUAAGAGUACUCCCCUAGAAGAUGGCUACAAGGUAAGCCAACAAAUGAAGGUUCCUACCAAGUAUCACUUGACCAUGGUGGAGAGAAUCCUUAGAUACCUCAGGGGGAGCUUGGAUCGUGGCGUAUGGAUGGGCAAGAAUGCAAGCAUAGAGAUUGUUGGAUACUGCGAUGCAGACUGGGCCGGAGAUAGGGUGGACAGACGAUCCACAACCAACUAUUGCACCUUCAUAGGAGGUAACAUGGUCAAUUGGAAAACCAAGAAGCAAAAAGUGGUGGCAUGCUCAACCGCUGAAGCUGAAUACCGAGCAAUGAGAAAGCUCACGAAUGAGCUUCCUUGGUUGAAGGGACUCCUUGCUGAAUUUUAA